UCAUACAAACAAAUGAAUCGAUCACAAGUAUACCGCUUAAUUAUUCUUAAUUUCAAGCUAGCUAGGUGGAAUAUUUUGUUCCCUUUAAUUCUUUUUCUUUUUUUCUCUCUCACCCAUUUGUCUUCCUUUUCCCUAUAUAUACCAACCAAACCCACCCUCGGUUUUUGCUUCAAAACCAAUAUCUAGCUAAGCUUGUGGGGGUCAUGAGCUUAUAAUCUUAUCGAUCAUCAUAUAUACAUAGACUCAAAUACUAGUACUAGUUUGAUUAAUUAGGCCAAGGAGUACUUAUGGAUAUGGGUAUUGGGGGAACUCAAGUAGAGAGCCUUUGGGUUCUGGCUCUAGCUUCCAAAUAUAGAGCUUUCAAUUGGGUCGACAACUACCUAGGGUGUUUUAUUAUGACAUGCUUUAUCUGGCUAGUCUUGAGCUUGAUUUACUGGGCUUACCCUGGUGGUCCUGCUUGGGGCAAGUACAGGUUGAGGAAACGCCUUCUCAACUACUUGAAAUUAAUAUCAUCAACAACGGCCAAUUAUAAGCAGCAGCCCAUACCCGAUGGUCCAAGAGGUUUCCCUGUCAUUGGGAGCAUGAACCUCAUGUGGGGUCUGACCCACCACCGGAUUGCUGCCGCCGCCGACAAAUACAAAGCCAAGCGUCUAUUGGCUUUCAGCCUUGGCGAAACCAGAGUUAUCGCUACCUGUGAUCCGGACGUAGCCAAACAGAUUCUCAACAGUUCCGUUUUCGUUGAUCGUCCGGUAAAAGACUCAGCUUACAGUCUUAUGUUCAACAGAGCUAUUGGGUUCGCUCCCUACGGGGUUUACUGGCGAACCCUCCGUAGAAUCGCAGCCUCUCAUCUCUUCUGUCCCAAGCAAAUCAAAGCCUCCGAGUCACAGAGGUUCGAAAUUGCUGGUCAGUUGGUAGCAAUGUUGGGUGCGUCGCAAACUGGAGACAUUCGUGUCCGCGAUGCACUUAAACAUGCCUCCCUCAACAACAUGAUGUGCUCUGUUUUCGGACGCAAAUACGGGCUCGAUACCAGCAAUCCCGAAGUAAACGAAGUGAGGGAGCUGGUCGACCAAGGGUACCAACUUUUGGGCGCACUCAACUGGUCCGAUCACCUUUCUUGGUUAGCUGACUUGGACCCACAACAGAUCCGGUUCAGGUGCUCCAAACUUGUCCCUAAAGUGAACCGCUUCAUCAGCCGAGUCAUCGCAGAGCACCGAGCGCAACCCCGACACCUCAACCGUGAUUUCGUCGAUGUUUUGCUCUCCCUUGAGGGUUCAGAUAAAUUAUCAGAGCCCGAUAUGAUUGCCGUCCUUUGGGAAAUGAUAUUCAGAGGAAGUGAUACCGUGGCAAUUUUGAUGGAGUGGAUACUAGCACGGAUGGUAGUCCAUCCUGAAGUUCAAUCAAGGGUGCACGAUGAGGUAGACAGAGUAGUGGGAUGGUCACGCGCGGUUACAGAGACUGAUAUAGCGAAGAUGGUGUAUCUACCUGCAGUGGUGAAGGAAGUGUUGAGGUUACAUCCGCCGGGACCAUUGCUCUCUUGGUCGCGGUUGGCGAUAACAGACACGACUAUUGAUGGGUAUCACGUGCCAGUAGGAACUACGGCCAUGGUGGAUAUGUGGGCCAUCAUGCGGGACCCAGAUGUGUGGUCGGAUCCACUUGCAUUCAAGCCAGAGAGGUUCGUGAGUUUGGGUACUGCUAUUGAUCAUCAAGCAGCAGAGUUCUCGGUGUUUGGAUCAGACCUUAGGCUUGCGCCAUUUGGGUCCGGGAGACGGACCUGCCCGGGGAAGACCUUGGGUUUGACCACGGUCACCUUUUGGGUGGCCUCGCUUUUACACAAAUUUGAAUGGUUGCCAGUGAAUCAAACGGCUGUUGACUUAUCAGAGGUUUUAAGGUUAUCGUGUGAGAUGGCUAAUCCGUUGACAGUUUGCGUCCAUGCUAGGCGCAUACCAUGUUGACUGUCUUAAGGCUAGCUAUCACUAUGUUAACUCGUAAUUUUUUGAAUUUGUAUGUUAAUUUGGAUUAAGGGGUGAAAAAAAAUAGAAGUAGUACGUAGUAUAUAAUGUUGCAUUUCUGUAGUCCAAAAAAAAGGUUAAGCAGGAUAGCUGGCGCGGGUCGUUACACUUUUUGGGAUUAGCAGCAUUGAAGGACGCAUAUGAGGGAGACAUUAUGAAUACGGUAGAUGAUAUUGAGAGAAAUGUAU